ACCAAACCCUAGUAAGUUGAUUUUUUGAAAAUAUUCAAAUAAAUGUUGAAACUGGAUUUGGACUCAUGAAUUGCUAUUUGUAAUGAGAUUAGAAACAUGAUUGCAUGGUAAAAACGUGAAUAUCUUGAAUUUGAGUUUUACUAACCUUUAUUAGAAUCGGAAUCGAAUUUUGAAUUCCAACACUUAAUGGAAAAAGGAAUGGGCUAGGUAAAACUUUGAUGAUAGCAUGGAAUUGGUAUAUAAAUGUCACAAGAAAUGAGGAAACAAAUCUACAGGUGUAUUGAUGCAAAUGGGACAAUUCUAAGUAAUUUACAAAGAAGGGACAAAACCUUAACAAGUUGAAAAGUGGUGUGGGAGUAUUUUGAAGUCAAGUUACAUCAUUCUGUUUGCUUACACAUUUUUGUAAAGCACUUAUCACAACCAACCAGGGGUGGACACAAAAUUUCAUAGUCGGGGUGUCACAGGCUAGAGAAAAUUAGGAGUUGCAUGUGUCACUAUGUGCCCUAUAUACUAAAACCGCCCCUGCUGUUUGCAGCAGGCAUGCGAGACUGAGUCACUUGUCUCUGUUCUAUAAAACAUGAAUUUUCACUUGUUUGGUGUACCCCAUAUAUUAUUUGACGAUAUAAGCUUAUACUUGAAUGAAAAACAAAAUUCAUUGUCAAUGUUUUUUUUUUCUUUCAAAAAAGAAGUGUAGUCAAUUUUAAAAAAGAACUGUGAAUAUAGGCAUAUUAUGCCUUUUUUUUUCGUUGGUUUUGUUGGCAAAGCUAAUAACAACAUAUGCUUACACCUGAUAUGAGGAACCAAAAUCAAAUAUCGAUGUUUUAUUCAUUGUCUUGUAUGCUUUUUGGUAUGGCUUCCUUGGUAAGAUUUUGUCGAUAUUUUUGGACUUAAUUUUGCCAAAAUCACGUUCCCAGUAGCGAAUCGGAGAAUAGAAGGGAUCGCAAGGAAGCCGUACCAAAGAGUGUUUCGGUUGGCGAUUCGUACGAAAUUGUACCGCGUUUGGAAUGUGGAUCGUGGCUAUAUUGGCGAUCCCUGUGACUAUGAGUUAAACAUUAUUAUACCUCUAUUCGUAUAUCUAAUCACCAAGUUCCUUUUUCUUACGAUGGAAUUGUUUUCAAGUGGGACUCAGUUGAUCUUGUAAUGCAUCAAUGUUUAGCCGACUUAUAUUUUAAUUUGGUUAAAGAACAAAAACAUGUGAGAGUUAAUGGUUGAUAUAUCAUCAUCACAAAGGUCAUGGACCCAAGUUCUACAUAUUGUUCACCAAUUAUAUUUUUUAUGAUAAGUCUUUACAACUUGAUAAGUUUUUUUUUUUUUUUUUUUUUUUUUUUCUAACAGCAAGACUUUAUUAUAAAACAGCAAGAAGCUGGAAUUACAAGGUACAUUUAACUUCACUAGUUUCAUUCACCUUAAAUGUCAAAUGGAAGACAGGCUAAGAUAUAAGAUUAAAUACAAUACCCUCCAUUUCACUCCCAAACAAAAAUUCACAUUUCCAAAAUAGUCGAUGUUAAAAUUAGUUUCUCAUUCAUACACUGAAAAAAUUAUAACGAACUCAAAAUUAUUCCAUGAUCCGAUUUCAUACAACUUGGAAAAUUGUCUUGAUUUAAUUACAAAUGAUAAAAAUAACCUAGUGGUUAGGUAAUUGUAAGAAUGUUGUAAGGAAGUCAUAGUGCGCCCAACUGAGAAGCAAUAUCACUGAAUGUAUAUUCACUGCAUGGAAUUGUGAGGCCGCCCAUUUGAUGAGCAAACCCAAAUUCUUGCUCUGCCUGAUCUAAUAAUUCUUGAAAUGCUGGUUGGCUUAACAACCAUACAGGAACCACAAAUCGCUUCUUCUCUUGCUCACCAACAUAAAUUGCUAAAUAGCCUUUCGGGAUUUCCAUAGAUAAUGAUCUUCUGAUAAUUUGUUUUGCUUGAAUGAUCCGAGGAAAAAGGAUGGCCAUUUUUAAGGAGGUAGUUUCUGUUCACUUCAAAAGCCUGAUUGAGGAUUGAAACUCUCAAAGCAAGCACGUCUUCUUGGUGAAAAUUUGUGAAGGAUUUCAGAGGAAGUUGUGGUUGUGUGAUUGAUAUCGAAUGGUUUUUAUAUACAGAGAUACAAAGAGAUCUUGAUAGAGGAUGGUGACAUCUGGUGGAAGAAAAGGCAAUCUCACAUGGCUUUGUCUUCCAACCUAAAAAUGGGUAUUCGUAUGCCUCGGAUCAUUCAAGCAAGACAAAUACUCCAACGGUCUUUGUCAAAUCAAAACCACACAACAGCAACGGAUCUACCGAAAGGGUAUUUUCCGGUUUAUGUUGGAGAACAAGAAAAGAAGCGUUUUGUGAUUCCCGUGUCAUUGUUAAGCCAGCCUUCAUUUCAGGACUUAUUACGUGAGACUGAGGAAGAGUUUGGAUAUGACCAUCCUAUGGGUGGCCUAACAAUCCCAUGUAGUGAGCAGAAAUUCUUUGAUCUUGCAAGUCGUCUGAGAGCAUGUUAAAGUCAAGUUACAUCAUUCUAUUUGCUAACACAUUUUUGUAAAUCACAGAUCAUAUUGCAACAUGCGAGAUUGAGUCACUUGCCCUGGUUGUGUAAAAUAUGAAUUUUGACUUGUUUGGAAUACCAUGUAUAUUAUUUGACGAUAUAAGCUUAUACUUGAAGGAGAAACAAAAUUCAUUGUCAAUAUUGUUUUUUUCAAAAACAAAGUGUCUGAUCAAUUUUCAUAAAUAAGUAACACUACAGGGAUAUAAGACUUUAUUUUCCUUGAGUUGUUGCCCAUGCUGAUAACAACACAUGGUGACACCGAUAUGAGGAACAAAAAUCAAA